CCGAGUAUAUAUUCAGAAGCAGAACAGCUUAGGUCUUUCAAUAUUUCCUCAUAAAGUCGCAGCUAUUGUCAAACCUGGAGCUGUUUGACCUGAUGGCGACUGGCGCUGGUGAGUGUCCCAGCAAGGCCGCUCAGUACCGGGUGGACCACCUCCUCAGUGCGGUGGAGAGUGAGCUGCAGGCCGGCAGCGAGAAGGGAGACCCCACCGAGAGGGACCUGAAAGUGUCCCUGGAUGAACGGGAGCUGUGGCAAAAAUUUAAGGACCUCACAAACGAGAUGAUAGUUACAAAGAACGGCAGGCGCAUGUUCCCGGUUCUGAAAGUCAACGUCUCUGGACUGGACCCAAACGCCAUGUAUUCCGUCUUGCUGGACUUUGUGUCGGCGGACAACCACAGGUGGAAGUACGUGAACGGGGAGUGGGUGCCGGGAGGUAAACCGGAGCCCCAGACCCCCAGCUGCGUGUACAUCCACCCAGACUCUCCAAACUUCGGGGCUCACUGGAUGAAGGCUCCGGUCUCCUUCAGCAAAGUCAAACUCACCAACAAGCUCAACGGCGGAGGUCAGAUUAUGUUAAAUUCUUUGCACAAAUACGAGCCACGCAUCCACAUUGUUAGGGUCGGAGGCCCACGCAGGAUGAUCACCAGCCACUCCUUCCCAGAGACGCAGUUCAUCGCAGUAACAGCAUACCAAAAUGAAGAGAUAACAGCUCUAAAAAUAAAGUACAACCCUUUUGCCAAGGCCUUUCUAGAUGCAAAGGAAAGGAAUGAUCACAAAGACAUGAGGGAAGAAGCUAAUGAGAAUCCCCAGUCUGGCUACUCCCAGUUGGGUAGUUGGUUUAUUCACGGCACGGGAACCCUCUGCCCCCCCACCAGUCCACACAGCCAGUUUGGGAGUCCCAUUGCCCUGUCGCCCUCCCACGGCUGUGAGCGUUACUCCAGCCUGAGGAGCCACCGCUCUGCGCCCUACAGCAGCCCGUACGCCCAUCGGACCCACUCCCCCACUGGAUAUUCAGAUAACUCAUCAUCCUGCUUGUCGAUGCUCCCCAGCCACGAUAACUGGUCCAGUCUGCAGAUGCCGACCCACUCCAGCAUGAUGCCCAUGACCCACAACUCCGCCUCUGCAGCCAACUCAAGUCAGUACACCAGCCUGUGGUCUGUGAGUAACUCCCCGCUGACUCCAGUGUCCCAGAACGGGGGGUUAAGCAGCUGCCUCGGCUCCCAGUUCCUCCGAGGAUCGUCCAGUCACUAUCCCAGUCUGCCUCACUCCGCCACAGCGCCCCCCUCUGUCUCUCCCAUGUAUGACGGCAGCUCCGCCACAGAGGUGCAGGACGUUGUCCAGUAUGAAGCUUCACCCCACGGCCGGCUGCCCUCAGCUUGGACCCCCGUCACGCCUCCAUCCCUUUGAUUAGAGGGUCACUUAGGAUUGAUUGAGACCUUCUCUUGAGUAACCUCUUGUUACUUUAAGAAGGAAUAAACUUUUUUAAACAAAGUGUGUGGAGUAUUUCACGGUGUUAUAAGAAGAACCAGCGGAGGUUUGAAUCAGCUUCUAAACAAAUCUCAGUUUAUUACUAAAGAAUAAAAUGUUUUUGUUUUUUUUUAAAUUAGUUGAUCUGUUUGAUCUGCUUAUAUUAAGCAUAACUGCACAAAAUUUAGAGCGGGGAAUCAUAAAGCUCAAAUAAUAUGAAUUAGAAAUUAAGAAUAUUUAUACUGUAAAUGGGAAAUCGUUUUAAGCUCUGUAAAUAAAUGUUUUCUUUGUUUUGUUUUGCUUUGUUUUUUUUUGUUGCCUUGUUAGAAGAUGUGGCUUAAUAAUAGAACACACUUCUUUUGUUUGUUGUUUUUCUUUCUUCUCCUCUUUACAUCAAAAAUAGAUUUGUGUUUAAGAUGACAAAAAUGUCUUUCUGGCUUUCUAAUGUUUGAAUCUGUGGGUCCAUAAUAGGAAGAAUUCAGAUUACAUUUAAUGUCAUUUGUUUAUAAAUUAAUCCCAACCAGGUAUACGUUCCGCUUGUUCCCCACAAAAUGGGGUACUAUAUAUAUAUAUAUAUAUAUAUAUAUAUAUAUAUAUAAUUUGUUAAAACUGUCAUUACAUGUCCUCACAGUAUAACAUGAGACAAAUCAGUGAUAAAAUAUGAAGCUACUAUGCCUGCACAAAUUGCACACCGCUAGGCCGGAGGGGCGGGUCUUAUGCAACGCUCGGCCAAUCCCCCUUUCGCUCAGCUGGUUCUCCACAUCAUUAGCUUGCCAUAAAUGCUAAUGCUAGCUAGCGUGGCUGGCGACGGAUAAACAAUGUUUCCGACAUGGUAAGUUGUUUCUCCGCCGUUUGCUCACUGAACAACUCCUACACCAGCAUAGACAGGACGAGUUUGAAUGGAAGAUAAAUGAAUAACAGAACAAUAAACUUGUCUCUUUGCUCAGAAAAACAAUAACUCACUUUUGGUUAACAAGCCAGCAAACAAAUUGAUUUUAAUAUCUGCCAUCGGUUCCCAGACAUUUCAGAAAAAUAGAAGUAAUUGUUUUAUAAUCAUCGUCACCCUUAUCAUUCCCAACACAAAUAACUUAAAUAUUUUAUAAAUCACACUUUAUUAAGUUAAGGGGUCAUGACUUCCAUGGCUGCACAAAAUAUGUAACAUGGGUAAGAAAUGGCUGGAGGUGGAUUGUUGCUUCUUUUUUUUCACCACUAUGUGUGCAGAGAUGAUAAUGGAAGUAAAAAAAAAAUGUACGAGUGGGCAUUAAGAGCAUAUCUUUAAACCAAUAUGAUUGUCAACAGCAUAAAACUAAAAUACAUCACUUAGCAAUAGACUAACAGCAGAUAAGGUUUAUAGCAUUUUGUUCAUUAAGUGGAGAUCCUGCAGUAAAAGUAAAAAAAUGCUUAUUUGUCAUGUUCUUUAGGGAUUUCUUAAAUAAAUAGCAAAUAGGCACACAAGUCUGGGAAAAGUAUAUAAAGAAGUAAAAACAAAAAACACCAAAAUGCUUAAAUUCACCGUGCAUAAAUUUCCAACAGACAGUGUGGUGGCAUAAAUCAUUAUAUGUGUAAUUUGAAUGUUUAUUACCCUCUUAUCUGAACAAACAAAAUGCUCUACAGUCUGUCUGGCCUGAAUGUAAUUGCUCACUGUUGUUUCCUGUUACAGCUUUUAACCACCAGACAGUCAUUCAGAGAGCAAGAGGGUAUUUUAAUGAUAAUGUUGGAAAAAAAAAGAAGUGUUGAUCAAAAUCCUGAAAAAACAUGAUUGAUGUUGUCACUGUUCAUAUUUUUCUAAGUUUUAUGAAGGAUCAUAAUACAAAACUCUUUUUUUUUUUGUUUUACUGCAGAAUGAAAUCUCACUGAUUUGAUUUGUCCCCACAAUAUCUGAUGUUGGUCAAGAUGUUCCACUGGAAAAUUGGGGAAAUGUUUCUCAAAACUAGUGAGUUUUAAGGACUAUAUGAAUGAGAAAAAUAGUUCUAAUUGAACAAAACAGGUUGGCCAGACAACAUGUUUAAUGUCACAGAUGCUUUUUAGUUGAAUUUGUAGCAAAAUUUGUGUCUAAAGAGCAAUCGGAAGCAAAGUGGUAUUCUGUUGUGCUUGGUUUUGAUCUUUACAUGACCAGAGAGCAGGAAAUCUUGACCCCGUGUGGUAUGAACACUUUACUUACGGGAGGAAAACAUUU